AUGGAUCUGGAGAACAAGUGGCCCAAGCCUGGCGAGCACCCUGCCGUUCGCACAGAGGCGGAAGAGCCGUCGUUCAGGAACGCUCUCGGUUCGAUGGAACUCAUGUACAGCGUGUGCAGCACUGCUGUCAUCCUGCUUCCCAUGGAUGACGAGGUCACAGCCGACAAGGAAUACCUCUCGCGAGGGUGGUGUUUCUUUGAAUUCUGCAUCGCGUUCAGCUCCGGCAAUCUAGCGAACGCCAGUGUCCUACCGCCUGAGGAGCAGAUGUGCAAGAAAGUUGCCGAGCUCAAAGCGGACACCGUCGAAGGUUUCCAUAAAGGUUUCAGGGCGACCCAGUUCACAAGCAACGGCGACAGGGCAGUAGUCACAGAGCUCUUCGAGCAGAUCUUGAAGAAGAAGCCAAGGCAGUGA